AGUGUGAGAGAGAGACACACGAGGGAGAGAGAGAGCUAGAGCGAGAGAGAGGCAGCAUCAAUUGCAGCAGCCGGCGCAGCAGAGGAAAAGUGGGCGCGUUUCAGCUAUUGAUUAAACAUGAGCCAGGUGUAGCGAGGCGGUGUGGUUGGGCUGGCAACACACGUUUGAUUACCGCGUGUAAACAGCAACAACAACAACUAAAGUAGCAACAGUAACAAUACAAGUUGCAAGGACUCGCCUGCAUUGUGCAACAUUUGUGUGCCGCCAACGUUUGAGGCAAACAGGUCACAUGUCGGCGAAGCGCGUGGAACACGAUAUUGAGGCAAGUGCCACGCCUUCAGACGGCAAACACAAGGCGCCCUUUAAGCCGCUGCGUGCCGAAAAGAAGCCAAAGGCCACGCCCACCAGCCUUCUGUGCGAACUAAUGCGUUUGAAGGCACAGCAAAAGUAUCUCGAAUGCAAUCAAGUCAAACUGAAUGCCAGCCAUUUUCUCGACGACAGCGACCCUGAGGCAGAUGGCGAGCACGAGGACGCCGACAAGGAUAAUGCCGGCAAGGAUGGCAAGUCUGUGUCGGCUGGCAGUCGCCGGCCUUCGAGCGGCAAUAAAGUCGCUGGCCUCAUCAAUGACAUUGAUCGACUGAAGCUGGAAAUGGAUGAGAAGCUGCGCAAGCAUCAGGCCGACAAACGUGGCCAGCUGCAGGAGAUGUGGCACUAUAUGAAUACGCUGAAAGAGGACGUCUUUCGGCCGGAACGCCUCAGUCUCUAUACGGUGAAUGUGGUGCGAGAGCGCAUCAUUGCGCUCAAUGGUCAGCUGGAACGCUUGAAUGUCCAGAAUGCCAAAGAGCUGGAGCUGCUGCGAGAGGAGUACACGAAAAUGGAACGCGAGAACGAAUUCGUCUGGAAGGGAAGCAUUUGAGAAAUG